AUGGCUGACAGCAAGGCCAAGGCCGCCAAGGCCGCCAACAAGACACCCCCCAAGUCCCCAGGGGACUCCGCAAAGGACAGAGCGGCCAAGAGGCUGUCACUGGAGACAGAAGGUGCCGGCGAAGGGGCGGCCGCUGCGGCCCCAGAGCUCAGCGCCCUGGAGGAGGCUUUCCGGCGCUUUGCCGUGCACGGGGACACCAGGGCCACCGGGCGGGAGAUGCACGGCAAGAACUGGUCGAAGCUGUGCAAGGAUUGCCAGGUCAUCGAUGGGAAGAAUGUGACCGUCACUGACGUGGACAUCGUCUUCAGCAAAAUCAAAGGGAAAUCCUGCUGGACCAUCACAUUCGAGCAGUUCAAGGAGGCGCUUGAAGAGCUCUCCAAGAAGAGAUUCAAAGACAAGAGCAGUGAGGAGGCCGUCCGCGAGGUGCACAGGCUCAUCGAGGGCAAGGCCCCCAUCAUCUCAGGGGUGACGAAGGCCAUCUCGUCGCCCACUGUAUCCCGGCUCACGGACACGACCAAGUUCACGGGCUCCCACAAGGAACGCUUCGACCCAUCCGGCAAGGGCAAGGGCAAGGCGGGCCGUGUGGACCUGGUGGAUGAGUCGGGCUACGUACCGGGCUAUAAGCACGCGGGCACCUAUGACCAG